AAAUAACAUUGUUCUCAUACCCUAAUUUGUUCAUCAAUAAUAUUUUACUCUCUAUACUCAACUCAAGUUUCUCUUAGAAAUAUUCAUAUGGCACCUCAUGGAGAUUCAUUACCUAGCUCAUUCUCUAGAACCAACAACAUUGUAUGCUCCAAACCACCAAAACCUAACUCAUCUGACCACAACAACAACAAUAACAACAUUCAAAGAACAAUCUCCGACAUAUCAUUCGCGUUAUCGAAAGAAGACUUCGAUUUAACACUUCCACCGAUAACCGAAGUUGAGGAUGUAAAGUGCGAGUGCUGUGGCAUGUCGGAAGAGUGUACACCGGAGUACAUAAAACGCAUACGCGACAAAUACUUAGGGAAAUGGGUUUGUGGUUUAUGUUCUGAGGCAGUGAAAGAAGAGUUGGAGAAAAAUGGAGGGAACAAAGAUGAAGCUUUGAGUGAACACAUGAAUGCAUGUGUUAGGUUUAACAAAUUUGGAAGGACUUUUCCUGUUUUGUUUCAAGCUGAAGCCAUGAAAGAGAUGCUGAAAAAGAGUAAAAUGGAAGGUAGAAGGGCUAACUCAUUCAACCCUAGAGAAAAAGGUGGCGGUGGUGAAAAGAAAGGUGGACUUGCUAGAAGUUCAAGCUGCAUUCCUGCUAUCACAAGAGAUAUCAACGAUUUCAAAAUUUCAAGUUAAACUUAACUUACAAUACAAGUUAUUAUAACAACUUCUUAUUUUACACGCCAGAUAACUUAAUUUAUGCGCAUCUUCAGAUAGACCCUGAGUUUGAUAGAAUUUCAUCAUGUCACAGUGAUUUUAGUAAGAAUCACGUGUAGACUGUAAUUUUGUCAAACUCAGUAAUGUUCUAAAGAUGCCGUAAGUCUUUUAAUUAUGUGUUAAUUAAUUUCUAUGUUGAUGGUUUGUUGUGUCUCUAUAGUUAAUGUUGUUCAUUUUUUUCUACUGACUAGUGGCUACAACUCAGAAUCAUUGGAGGGUUUCAAGAUAACAUAACCCUAAAGUUGUUACCUUUUGAUGAUCUGAAGUUUUUUUAGGUCUCUCUUCCUAUCACUAUCAUAGUUUUAAUUGAAAGGAAGUUGAUCCGUGUGAGAUCUUCUUUGUCUUUCUUUUUGAUGGAGAGAGUAAUUCUUUGUAUUUAGUCAGUGGCUUUUUCAUUGUCAAUCUUAUAACAGAAAUAAAAUUUGCUUAUUGCAUUGA